AUGCUGUGCCUCGACCUCGGUGCACUGCAGUGGCUCGACAGGGGUGCUCACCUCGAGACAGCUCACCUCGACGGCGCCCCGUCACAUUGGAGUAGCUGCCAUGAUAUCGUGCCACCAUCGGGGCCAGCUUCAUCAAGUGCCAGUACAACAGAAAACAACAAAGCCCUCACAGCUUACCGUUUGGAAGUCUUCCUCCAGGAGCCACUGAGGGAGGGCAACAUCUUUGUCUCGCUGGCAGAUCAGACUGCCGAUUUCAAAACCAACCGCUGCCAAAAGCAGAUGGCAAUGAAUGAAAAGCUCCAGCUCAUAGACCAGCACCUCAAGCAGUAG